GUUUCAGUUAAGAUAUUUCCUGCACUUCGUCGUCAUUUAUGGACACAGUCGAGGAACUGAGGAAGCCGAAGGUUGAAGAGACUGCAUGUGAUGAAGUAGGUAGACGUGAUAAUGUAAAUGAUGAAGGACGCACAUCAAUUUCACAGAAUGAACACGAUGAAAUUAUCGCUACGGAGAAGGUUCUCAAUGCAAUGCUAUUCUAUCGACGCUAUGGAAUUACUAGGAUUCAUUUAAGUGUCUCCUCAUUCCAGAAACUCUCAGAAGAGCAACAGGCAGCACUUUCUCCAGCUUACCAGUACCAUCUUGUAAAAAUGAAAGAAUGUAUUGUUCACAAUCAGAAGGUGUUGAGAGAGAUAAUAGAAUGCGGGGUGAGCAUGUUUGGAGAUGAUUUUGCUCUGCGUGCUGCUGUUCAGAUGACACAACUGAGACCAUCCAGCGAUCACUAUAUGUCGAAAGUGAGAAGUACUCUGAAACAAAUUAUGAGGGAUUGGAGUAGUGAAGGUAUGGCCGAGCGGGAAAGUUGCUACAGUGAUACGAUACAAAUUUUAUGUGAACUUUUUCCGGACAAAGAAAGCCGUUCGACUAUCGAAAUUCUGGUUCCCGGCGCUGGGCUCGGAAGAUUAGUUUGGGAACUUGUUACCGAAGGAUUUUCCGUUCAAGGGAAUGAAUUUUCGAUUUUAAUGCUGCUUACGUCAAAUUUUAUUCUAAAUAAAUGCAAACAGGCAAACGAAUACAUGAUUUAUCCUUUUGCGUUGGAUACAUGCAACAAUUGGUCAUAUGGAGAUCAGUUAAGACCAGUACGCUUCCCAGAUGUGUGUCCCGUUAUGCCAGAUGAUCGACCAAAUAAAUUUUCAAUGUGUGCGGGUGAUUUCUUGGAAGCAAUGAAAAAUGAUAUAGAACGAUGGGACAUUGUUGUAACAAUCUUUUUUAUUGAUACCGCCAUCAAUGUACUCGAUUAUAUUGAUACGAUUCAUAAGAUAUUAAAAAAAGGUGGUCUGUGGAUUAAUUUUGGACCACUUACCUUUCAUUUCGCUGAUGGAGAAGCUGAGGGUGCUAUCGAACUACCAUAUGAUUCAAUUAUUCAGUAUAUUACGAAGAAAAACUUUAGGUUUGAACGCGAUGAACGGGCUAACAGAUCCAAUCCCGCAUUAUACGCUUGCAAUCAGAAAUCAAUGUUACGUUAUCACUAUAAUUGUGGAUUCUUCAUAUGCAAAAAAUUGUAGCUUAUAUAAGAAUUUGAGCUGAAGUCAUAAAAUCUUUAAUUUGAACUGCUUUUCGAGAUUACAUCCGACGUUAAGGAGUAAUGUAAAUCAUUCUAUUUCAACGGAUAAGAUUAAUCGCAGUAAUGCUAUUUCCAUGAAAUUAGACAUCGCUGCUAAAGAGAUUCUGUCAAGGUUAUUGGUUGUAAUUAACUGAUAUCGAGUGAUUGUUACGUCUGUGUUUAGCAUUUUCUUUUCAAACUAUUUUUCUGCGAGAGAAAAUUCUUGAUCGUCUGUGUGUGCACAGCGAAGGUUGGAUAGCAAUUCCAUGGAUUUCCU